GCCUCAGCAUGAUUUCUGCAGACUGUCUUCUCUGUCAUUAUCAGUGCAGCAGGCAACACCUUCCGAUAACUGACAGCAUCCUCUGACCAAUCAGUCGAGCUCUAGGCCUUGCUCUUCCCCCCCCGACUUGCUGCUACUCGUGUGGAUUGCUGCAGUGUUUUCAUGCACCUUAUUUAUCACCUCUCUGCAUCUUUCAGCACAGCUGCUGGGCCUGCUUAUCCUGACUCAAACUUCUGUGGUUGCAUCACAUCUGUUUUGCUUUUUCUCCCCUGCUUCACAUCUCCUUGGGAUGUGUUGCCAUUGACCUUGUGGCUGGCUUUUAGCUUGUCUCUUCAUGUUGGUUUUUGCACCCAGCAGCAUUUCUGCAAUACCUUUUGACUGAAAUCCAACUCGGCCUUUGUUUGCAUCUUUCCGGGUCGCAAUAUCACGUGUGCACACAGCCGGUGAUGAGGAACUGUGUCUCUAUUAUUUUGUGUGUUGCUGGGCUGCAAAAGGGACACUUGAUAAUACUGUGCACGCUGUAACCCACCCGCCAUGCCUAAAUGACUGUGCUUAAAUUAACAACUUCCAGCAUGACAAGCCAAGAUUAUGACCUGCAAUAUGGAUGGAGAUCUGUUCCUCGUUCCCUGAGUUCCUUGGAUUUCAAAGGCAGAGCUGCAGAAUAGUCACGGUCAGCUGGCUCGAUUUGCAGAUUCCAAGUUUCUCCUGCCAUCCAAGCCAGACCAUGCGCUGGGACGCCUGAGAUAAGCUACUGGUAGAGAAGGCUGGACUUGCACAAUUGCUCUCCACAUCAGGGAGCUUAAUGUUCCUGAGAAUUUGCGAUGACCUAGUGGAGAGCAGGCGAGAAUGUCUCCGAAGAGAACAUGUCCACGUUUGCUGGAUUACCUCGUUAUCAUCGGUGCCAGGCUGCCGAGCAGUGAGAGCAUUGCUCAGACUCCUGAGCUGCUGCGCCGUUACCCACUAGAGGAUCACCAGGACUUCCCUCUCCCGCCAGACGUGGUGUUCUUCUGCCAGCCCGAAGGAUGUCUCAGCGUGCGGCAGAGGCGCACCAGCCUGCGCGAUGAUUCCUCCUUCGUCUUCACCCUGACCGACAAGGACAGCGGAGUGAUUCGCUACGGGGUCUGCGUAAACUUCUACCGCUCCUUCCAGAAGCGCAGCCGCGACAGACCGGACCGCAGCUUGCAGCAUGCCAAGGGCAGUGCUGCAGAGACGCCAGACAACGAGCAGAACAACUCUGACAGCGGCUCUUCCCUGGCAACGCACAGCGCUGACUCCACCCCUGACAUCAGUCGCUCGCCCAGGCUGAAACGGCAGCUGAAGAGUGGUAACCGAUCCCGGAACAGUACCCUAACCUCGCUGUGUAUACUGAGCCAUUAUCCAUUCUUCUCCACCUUCCGUGAGUGUCUGUACACCCUGAAACGGCUAGUGGAUAGUUGCAGCGAGCGGCUCCUUAUUAAGAAAGCAGGAAGUCUGAAGGGAAUUCAAAGAGACACCAUGUGGCGGUUGUUCACAGGCUCCCUGACUGUCGAGGAGAAGUCUAGUGUCAUCCUGCACGAUGUGCGAGAGAUUGAGUCUUGGAUCUACAGGCUGCUGCACUCCCCUGUGCCUGUGCCUGGCCAGAAGCGGGUGGAUGUGGAGAUAUUGCCCCGAGACCUUCAGCCAGCACUCACCUUCGCUCUGCCAGAUGUGGCCCGCUUCAGCCUGGUGGACUUUCCACUGCAUCUGCCCCUGGAGCUGCUCGGAGUGGAGCCCUGUCUCCAGGUGCUGAGCUGCAUCCUGUUGGAACACAAGGUGGUGCUGCAGUCCCGAGACUACAAUGCGCUAUCCAUGAGUGUAAUGGCAUUUGUCGCAAUGAUUUACCCACUGGAAUACAUGUUCCCGGUGAUCCCCUUGCUUCCCACCUGCAUGGCCUCGGCAGAACAGCUACUGCUUGCUCCGACCCCUUACAUCAUUGGCGUUCCAGCUAGCUUCCUCCUCUAUAAGACCGAUUUUAAGAUGCCGGAUGAUGUCUGGUUGGUUGACCUGGAUGCUAACAAGGUGAUUGCACCCACGAAUGCGGAGGUCUUGCCGGUGAUGCCUGAACCAGAAGCCAGCGAGCUGAAGAAGCACUUGAAGCAGUGUUUGGUUAGUUUAAGUGUGAUCAUGCAGCAGGAGCUCGCCACAACGGAGAAGGCACUGGCAAGUAUGAGCCUGAACACUCAGCCCAUCCUCAACCUGGAGAAGUUCAAUGAGGCGCAGGAGCUCCCUGUAGGUGGGCGAAGCCGGGAUGACCAGACCUCUACUCCCUCCACCGAGUUCAACCCACUCAUCUAUGGCAACGAUGUCGACUCUGUGGACAUUGCCACCCGGGUAGCCAUGGUGAGGUUCUUCAACUCCCCCAAUGUGCUGCAGGGAUUUUUGUCUCACACCCGCACUCUCAGACUCUUCCCUCGGCCUGUCGUUGCUUUCCAAGUCAAUUCCUUCCUGGCCUCCAGACCUAAGCUCUCGCUGUUCACAGAGAAGCUUGCUCGGACACAGGCUGUGGAGUAUGCCGGGGAAUGGUCCUUGAAUCCUACCAACUACACGUUCCAGAGGAUCCACAACAGCGUGUUUGAUCCAGCUCUAAUUGGAGACAAGCCCAAGUGGUACGCCCAUCAGCUUCAGCCCAUUUACUACCGUGUCUAUGAUAGUAACUCACAGCUUGCCGAAGCCCUCAACAUUCCCAUCGAGAAAGAUGAUGGUUCGGAACCCACAGACGACAGUGGCAGUGACAGCGUGGAGUAUAAUGACUCCAGCUCUUCAUACUCCUCCCUGGGUGACUUUGUGAGUGAAAUGAUGAAGUGCGACAUCAAAGGAGACACACCGAAUGUUGACCCUCCCAGCCACGCUGCACUUGGUGAUCCGAGCGAGAUUGAGUUCCAGGGAUUUCAGAAAUAUCGAGAGGAUCUGGAUGACCAGGGGCCGGACAGUGAGAAUUCCUUGGACAACAAUCCUCCCCGCUCCAGCUCAAGUACGACAGCCAGCAGCAGUCCCAGCACAGUCAUACAGGGCACCAACCACGAGUCGAUCGACUCGACGGAGGCGGAGGAGAAAACGCUGACCUUCCACAACCACAUCUCGGCGGCGUCCAUUCAGGCCUUCGCCAAAGCCAGCCUGGAGAGGCGGGAGAAUAACGGGAUGGCAGAGGUGCCGGCCCGCCAGCGAGACUAUGAGAACCCGUACUUUGAACCUCAGUACGGCUUCCCCACAGAGGAUGAGGAUGACGACCAGGGAGAGAGCUACACACCGCACUUUGUUCAGAACGUGAACGACAACCGGCCCCACAAGCUGCUCCGUCCCAACAGCCUGAGGCUCCCGAGUGACUCUGAAGCAGAAUCAGACUCACGAGCGAGUUCACCAAACUCCACUGUCUCCAAUAACAGCAGUGAGGGAUUCGGAGGAUUCAUGUCAUUUGCCAGUAACAUCUACAAGAGCCGUGGCUCCAGCUUCAGCCUCUCGAACCUGGCUCUCCCAACCAAAGCAGGGCGAGACAAGAGCACACCGUUCCCCAGCCUGAAAGUAUUUGGGCUAAAUACUAUAUUGGAGAUAAUAACGGAAGCUGGAGUGGGGAGUGAAGGUAACCGGAGGGCCCUGGUUGAUCAGAAAUCCUCUGUGAUCAAACACAGCCCAACAGUGAAGAGGGAGUCUCCCUCACCACAGGCCAGAGUGAACAACAGCAGUGAGAACCAGCAGUUCCUGAAGGAGUUGGUGCACAGUGUGCUGGAUGGUCAGGGUGUUGGCUGGCUAAAUCUGAAGAAAGUUCGCCGUCUGCUGGAGAAUGAGCAGCUUCGAGUGUUUGUCCUGAGUAAACUGAACCGGACAAUCCAGUCGGAGGAGGAUGCCCGGCUCGAUAUAUUGAAGGACGUGGUAAGGGGUCCUUCAGAACAUCCGAGGUUGGCAGAGCCAAUGGUCAUAUCCCCCUUUCGAAACAGGCCAGCCCUUGCCCCUUCUCCCUGCUCCUUAUUCCCCCCGCCCUCCUCCCCUCCUACUUUCGCCCCCUCACCCUCCCUCGUCCUCCAUGGUCCACCACCUCUUCACCAGCUUCCCCCAGCCUUUUUCACCAGCUUCACCCUUUUCUAUCUCUAUUGACCUCUCCACUCCCUC